AUGGCCGGUACGACACACUUUCAGGCCUGUAUCAACCACCAAAUGGUGGCCCUACAGACCCUGCGGCUCUUGCAGCAGCAGAGGGACCGGGAGGAGGGCCUGCAUCCCCCCAGCCCCGUGUCCGCAGCUUCGGGGCAGGCAGGCGCAGGAGACGACGGGGAGAAGGAAGGCCGCGAGGGCCCUGCGGUGGCGAAGGCGGGAGAUGAGGGCGCCCGCCCCGAGCCCCGGGACUCCGGUCAGUGCGCGCUGGCCCGCCUGGCCGUGCGUACUGUGCUGGCCCGCGUCGUCGAGUCCACUUCGCAGCUUGUCCAGGUGGAGCAGAUGAUCCUGAACCCCCUGUAUGAGGAGCAGAACUUCCCCAUCUACUUGAAAGAUAGUGUUGAGUUUAGAAACAUCUGCAGUCACAUGGCCCUACAGCUGGAGGGACAUCACUUUGACCAGGACCUGAAUGCAGCGUACCAGUGCCUGAAGACCAUCAUCAAAAAGCUGAUGCGUUCGGUGUUGACUAUCCCUCCUGAUUCCCGCGGCAUGGCCUGUGUUGUCCUGAGGCAGAUUCUUCAGAAUCUUCUGGAUCUGUGA